AUGUUAUGUUUCGAUAAAGAAGACGAAUUAAAAAUAUGUAAAAGAUUCAAUAUAGAAAAUGAUACAAAUGUGAAUAAGGUGAAAAAUAAUGCAAAUGAUAAUUUUUUGAAAGAUAUAAAUAGUUUAGUAGAUAAAUAUGAUGAAAUAAUUUAUAUUAAUACAAGUAUAUGUAAUUCAUUUAUAUAUAUUAUAACAAAAUAUUGUUUUUAUAUUUUUGAUAAUAAAGAUUUUUCUUUUGUUACAUUAUAUGCUUUAAAAUAUGAUCAUGUGAAUAAUUUUGGAUAUCAUAACAAAGUUUUUUUAUCAAGUAUUGAUAAUACAAUAUAUAUUAUAAGUAAUAAUUAUAAAUAUGUAUAUGCAUAUAAUGUAGAGAAUAAAAAUGGUAUUGUUAUAUUAGACUAUGAUAAAAAAGCUCAUUCCCUUAACAUUAAUGAAAUUUCUGAGGAAGAUACAAGUGAAAGUGAAAAUGAGUAUUAUGAAUAUAUUACAUAUAUCAAAAAAACUUAUAAGAAGAAAAGAAGAUUACAAAAAAAUAUUAGUAUAAAACUUAUUACUAUGCUAUAUUUACCUAUAUCAUCUAAUUGUCUGAUGGUUACUAAAAAUAAUAUUUUAUUUUUUUCACAAGAAACUGACAAAAUUUUUAUAUCAGACAGUGUUCAAAAUAUUUUACAUAAAAAUGCACAAAAGAAAAAUAAUCCUGAUAAUAAAAUGAAUAAGCUAGUUAUUAAUACAAAAAUUGUUAGCUUCAGAAGUAUAACAUGUAAUACAAAUAUUAAAACAAGUAAAGUUUAUAAAAAAAAGAAAAAAUUAAAUUCAACUAGGAAUAACACUGUUUUUAAUGAGCUUUCAAAUUUAAAAAAAAAACAGGUAAAAACAAAAUCACACACAGAUAAAAAUAAAUUCAUAUUUAAAAAUCAUUCCAAAAAAAAAUAUCUAAAUGACAAAUUAUUUCAUGAAAAUAUGAAUAAUAAAAUUAUAAAUUCUGAAAAUAUAUUUCAAUGUUGUAAUAAAAUAAAAAAUAAAGAAAGAAAAAAUUACAAUAAUGUUAAUGGUUUUACAAAGAAGUGUAAUAAUAAGUGCAGUAAAAAAGCAAAUGACUUUAAUCCUUUAUAUUUGUAUAGUAUAAAUAAAGAAAAUCAUUUAUAUGAUUUCAUUCUUAAUUAUGAAUAUUCUGAUGAUGAAAAAAAAAAGAAAUAUAUAUAUGAGAAUGGUAUAAAUAUUCAAGGAAUUUCAAAAGUAGAAUUCAAUUUGCAUAAUGAUUAUUUGUUAAUUUUAAGUGUUAAUGGAGAAUUAUAUAUUUUUUCUUUUUUUUAUAAAUUUUUUAAUUUUAAGAAGAAUAAAUGUUGUUAUUAUUAUGGUAAAAAGGUACACAAUCAAUAUUAUAAUCAUAGACAUUAUGAAAAAAAGAAGAAAAAAAAAAAAAAAAAAAAAUAUAUAUAUAUAUCUGAUGAAAAUGUAUUUUUUACAAAUAUAAAUAAUAAUAAUUAUAAAACGAACCAUUAUACAAAUCAACCUAAGAAUGUUUCUAUUUUAAAAAAAAAAAAAAAGGAAAAAAAAAGAAAAAAAAAAAAAAAUGUUAUUGGUUUAUAUAUUGGAUCUUCUAUUAUUGAUAUAAGUUACAAUAUUUUUAGAAAACUCAUAUUGGUUGUAACAGAUGAAUUAAUUAUAAAAGGAUAUAACACAUAUCCUUAUAUAUGUAAACAUACCUUUGAAAAGUCUAUUUUUCACAUAGAUAUGUUUUUUAAUAAUUGUAUAAAUUUUUAUUCUUAUAAUUAUUUAUUAUGGAAUAAACAGCAAAAUUUUUUUGUAGUAUCAUUUAGUAGAAAUAAUUAUUAUAUAUUUAAUACGAAUGGAACGUUAUAUUAUUGUAUGAGUAAUGAUACCAAAUCGAAUGAAGAGAAAAAUGAGGAACCGCCUCAUAUAAAUAAUGAGAAAGAGGAAAAAAAUAAUAAUAAUGUUAAUAAUAAUGAUGAUGAUAAUAAUAAUAAUGAUGAUGAUAAUAAUAAUGAUGAUGAUAAUAAUAAUAAUGAUGAUAAUAAUAAUAAUGAUGAUGAUAAUAAUAAUAAUAAUAAUCAUCAUAAUAAUAAUUAUGUUAAUAAUAAUAUUUCAAGUUCAUUUAAUAAAUAUGAACAUAAAAAAUUAUCUACUACAUAUGUAGAAAAUGAUAUAAAUGAUAAGGACAAAUCAAAUAGAUUAAAUAAUUUAAUAAUAAAGGAUAUUUUAAAACAUAAUAAUAUACAAAGAUAUUAUAUAAAAAUGUCCUUUAUUUUUAACGAUUUCAAGUUGUGUUACACCAAAAUGCAAGACACAAAUUUUUACUAUUUAAAUGUAAAGAAUAUUCUUUAUUUGAAUGAUAGCUAUAGUAUGAAUAAAAUGUUUAAUUAUAAUAGUAAUUAUUAUACAAACAAUUUAUGUAAAAAAGUAUAUAUUGGUAUAAAUAAUAUUCAAAUAUUAGAUACGAAUGUUAAUAAUUAUAAUAUAAAUGAUCAUGAAAAGAAUAUAGUAAGAAUAAAACAAAUAGAUACUCCUUUUAAAUUUAUUAAGAAAUGUUAUUUUAAUUUUAGCAACACUUAUAUGCUUAUUAUUUAUAAAUCUUUAUGUAUAUAUAAUAUACAAAAGAAAGUUUUUUCUUAUUUUGUUGAUGACUAUAUGAAAUACUUUUAUCACAAUUACCCAACUGGUUGGUUGUAUGACGAUGUCUUUUUUGUUACGUGCUUACAUAAUAAAUAUGAUGAAUAUAAUUUUAAACAUUUUAAAAAAAAAAAUGAUUAUAAUGUAUUUAAUGGUUCUAAUUUAUACAAUGAACAAAUGCAACAUAAGGAAAGUGCAUAUUUUCAAUUUUUGAAUAUAAAAUAUGAAAGUAAAGAAGAUAUGGGUGAUCACGUUGAACUUGCUGCUGAGGGAAAAGAAAAUUAUGAUUAUAUGGAAGAUAAUGAUGAUGAUGGUAAUAACAUAUAUAUUACAAAUAAAAAAGAAGUUGAUGAUAAUGAUAAGAAUAUAACUAACAAGGAUCAUGUACAUAUAUUACAAACAAAUUCAAAUAUGAAUGAAAAAACAAAAAGGGAAAAUGAUUCUGUAUAUGAAAAACAAAAUAAUAGUACUUUUAAUAAAAAUAAUUAUUCUAAUAAAAACUAUAAUGUAGAUCUAAAAAUAAUGAAUUAUUUAUUCAAUUUUAAUCAUAACGAAAGAGAUACCUAUUCAAAAUCUUUUGAAGAAUAUUUCAAUAUUAAUAAGAUCAAUAUAUAUACCAAACCCUUUUCCAUAUUUUACCAUCAUCUGUUUUUAAGAAAGGAUAAUAAUGUGUUUCUACCACAUUUUCGUAAACAAAAUGUUAAUAAUGAAAAUGAAAAGAGCAAAACAAAAAGAUUUGAAAAAGAAAAACAUAAUGAGGAAAAGAAAAGUAUAAAUGAUGAAUCUAUAACAUGGGUAAAUAGAAACGAUAAUGAAAACAAUAGUGUACAUGACAAAAAUAAUACAUAUAAUAUUUGUUAUAUAAAUAAUCGAAUAAAUUAUAAUAUAGAGAAGAAUAUAUAUGAUUAUAUUGAAGAUGAUUUAUCAAAGUUAUCAUUUCAUAAGGAAAAUGUAAAUAAUAAAUAUACAAAGAGACAGAAAAAAGAAGAGAUGAAAAAUGAAUUUUUUAAAAAAAUGAAUAAUUGUUUUGACACAUAUAAAAAUAAUAUAUCAUUUGUAAAAGAUGAAAGAGAUGAAAAUCAUUUAAAAGAAUCAAGCGCAAAGUAUGAAGAUAUUUUGAAUAAAAAUAAUUUUUAUUAUGUGAUAUAUAUAUAUAAUAUAAAUAAUGUUUUAAAAUUUACAAAUUAUAUAUAUUCUAUUAAGUUUUUAUAUAGACCAAUAUUAACACAUGUGUAUUAUAAUAAUAAAACUAUGGAUAAUUUGGAAAAUAAGAAGCAACAUAUUUCUAGUGAAAGAUAUUUAAUAGUUCUGGAUGCUUUUUAUAACUUAUUAUGUUUUAGAAUAACAUAUAAAAAUAACAGUGUUCUUUCAGAGGAAUCAUUUAAUGUGCAUAAUAUAUUCGUUUUGCCUUUAAAUAAAGACAACAAUUUUAUUGAACCUCGAAGUUUUUAUUCUAUAUUUGAUAUAUAUCAUUAUGUAUUUGUAAAUUAUGAUAAUUCUGUAUAUUUUUUAAAUAUAUAUAAAGAUAAUAAAAGCACAAAUCAUAACCACAAAAACAACAAAAAUGAUAAUGAUAAUAAUAAUAAUAAUAAUAAUAAUAUUAAUUGUUAUUAUAAUAAUUAUAAUUUUAAUUUUCAAUUUACUCCAAUUUUUUAUUACCUUAUUGAUAAUCUACAAAUUGUUAAGGACCAUAAAAUUUCUUGUUAUUAUUCCUUGCCAACUCCAAUAAAAUAUAUGUGGCCUUCUCCAUUUUUUUACAUAUACUUAUUUUAUCACUAUUGCAUUUAUGUUAUAUAUCAUAUGAAUAAAUUAAAAAACAAAAAUCAAUUUAAAAAAAAUCAUUCCUGCUUUCCCCUUUUUGUAAGUAAAGAAAAUCUUAAGGACAAUACCUUUUUGCUUAAACAAAGAAACAUAAAUUUUAUGUCUAUACAAAAAAAUAAAAAAAACAUGAAAAAUAAUAAAUUUUGCAAUAAUAGUAAUAAUAACACUACCUGUAAUAAAACAUCAUAUGAAGCAUAUCAAGAACAAUCAACUUUUCUCGAUUCACAUUAUCCAAACCCAUUUAACGAGUAUGAAAAAUAUGACAAACAUUAUUAUGAACUUGAAAAUAUUUUAAAAAACAAACUUAAUGAACAUUCCUUAAAUUAUCAAUCUUUGUUAAAAAUGAAAAGAUUUAUAAGUAUGAACGAUAUGGAAAAUAAUAAUUGGAUACAAUCCAAAAACGAUAUUAUUAUGUCAUAUAUAACGAAACAUUUUUAUUCAUUUUUUGAAUAUAUAUUUAUUAAUGAUAAUAUUAAUAUAAAAUAUUUUAAUAAUCAUUUAAUAGAACAAAUGAUUAAAAAUGAUAAACAACAAAUUAGUAACAAUGCAAAUUAUAACAUUGUUUUAGAAAAAAUGUUUGCUUGGCUAUUUUAUUACAUAAUAAAUAUUGAUGAUAAUAAAAUACGUAAAAUAAAUAAAAGAGUGAACAAAAUAUGUAAAUAUAAUUUUUUUUCAAUUAUUGAAGAAAUAGAAAAUCAAAAUCAAGCUUGUUAUAUAUAUUUUACUUCAAAAAGUAACAUUAAUGUAUUAAGUAUUAGUAAGAGUCACAAUAAAUAUUUUUUUAUGGAAAAUUUAAAAAAACAUUUUCCUUUCCUCCAUAGUAAUUACUUUAAUAGUGAUUUACUCAUAUAUAGACACAUGAAAUUAAAAAAAUAUGGAGAUGAAAAGAAUUGUCAUUUGUAUGAUACUUUGCAUAAUAUGGGUGUAUUUAUACAUACUGUUUGUAAUCAGGUCUUUUCGAUAGGUACCAAAUAUUUAAACAACCAAAUGAAAGAAGAAGAUAUAAACAUGAUUUAUAGUUAUAAGAAGAAGGAUAUAAAAGAAAAUGACGCAGAUGAUGAUGUUAGGGAAAAAAAAAAAAAUUAUAAAAAUAUUGAAGAACAAAAAAUUGAUGAGGAAAAAAAAAAAUAUAUAAAAACACAUGAUAAUUAUGAUAUUCAAGAACAUAGUCAUUGUUCAGAAACUUCUUAUGAUAAAAUAAAUUUCAAAAUAACAAAUUAUAUUAAUAUAAUUUUAUUAAAGUUCAUUAAAUUGUAUAGCUCUAUUUAUUCCUAUUCAACAAAAAUGUAUCAGCCUAUUUAUGAUAAUAAAGUACAAAAGAGGAAAAUUCGUUAUAUCAUUAUAAAUCUCAUAUCUAAAUAUAUUAGAAAUAAUUUAUUUGUAAUUAAUAUGUUAGAUAUGGUGUUAUAUGAAUCCAUAAAUAGAUUAAACCAUUUAUAUAUUUGUGCCUACAAACUUGUAUAUAACUUUUUAAUAAAUUUAAAUAAAAAUAUUGCUUUUUAUAAUUUAGUUAUAGGUAAUAAUAAUAAAACGAGAAAGCAAGCAACUAUGGAUAUUACUAUUAUUCUAUUGUAUUCUCUUUUUAUGAGUAAUUCUUAUAAGGAAAAAAAUAAAGAAAUCCUGGAAAGUUUAAUAUGUCAAAAUAUAUUAGAUAUGAAGGACAAUGGUCAUAGUGAUUUAUUGCAUAAUAAUAAAAUAUUUGAGAAUGUAAAGGAAGAACAAAAUAUUGAGAAUGGUACAUCACAUAAUAUACAAGAUAAAACCAAAUCAGGAAUAGAUAAAUUAUUCAUCAAUAAUUUUUUUAAUUAUAUAAAUAAUCAUAGUUUGAAUGAAAAUAAAUCUAAUUGUAUUCAUAAUAUAGAUAAAUCCAAAAUAGAUUUGUUAAAAAAUAAGAAUGUGAGUGAUGAAGAUAUAUAUCAUAUGAACAUAUACUUAUUAUUAUUAAAAGAAUAUGAAACAAAUACAGAAGAUACUAAUUUAAUAAUAAAUGGUGAUAACUUUGAUAUUACAAGUGAUUAUGUAUUUAAAAUAAAUUGUAAUAUAUAUUAUAUAGCUUUAUAUUUAUUAUGUAUAUUAAAAAAAAAAGAUGUAUUUCAUUUAUAUACCUUAUUAAAAAUAUUAAAAUAUUAUUGUAAAUCUCACAUUUCAGAAGUAGUUAUAAAUACUAUAAGAAAAAUGGAUCCUUAUAUUACUGCAAUAUUAAUAUAUUGUAUAGGUAAUUAUAUACCACAUGAUUUUAUGAAAUUGUGUUUAAAAAAUGAACGUUUCAAUAUAUCUUCUUUAUAUAUGAUAAAUAUACAAAAUUAUAUAGGUAUUUAUGAUAUUAGGAAAUAUUAUUGUAUAUAUUUUUUAUAUUUAAGUUUGAAAUAUAAUAUAAUGUCAUCUCAAGGUUUAUUACAUUAUUUAUCAAUUUUAUUUUAUUCUUUAUUUAAAAAUAAUAAUAAAAAUGAUUUUUUUCAUUGGAAUUAUUAUGACCUAAAUGUCGACACUUCAAUAAAUGCAUUAAUACCAAAUAGAUUAAACAAUUCAGAUAAUUAUUUUUAUUUUCUUAUAUGUGCUAAUAAUAUAAAUAAUAUGUUAUCAAGACAAAUUAUAGACAUAGGUAAUUUAAAAUUUCUUUUUCAAAACAAUAAUACAAAUGUAACAAUCGAAAGAAAUGAACGAAAUGAACGAAAUGAUCGUAUUAAGAUAGAAGGAAAUACAAAAAGGAAUUAUGAAAAUAACACUAAUAAUUACAUAUUUGAAGUAACAGAUUUAGAAGAAAAUAAUGAAUAUGACAAAAAUGAAUUACAAGGGUAUAAUAAUGAUAUGUAUAAUAUAGAUAUAAAUUUGAAAAGUUUUAAUUACAAGAAUUUUACAAUGAACAAAAUUAUGUAUGAAUUUUUAUAUAACAAAGAUAUAAUUAGAAUAUUCAAAAAGAAUGUUCAUAUGUUUAAUGAAAUGUACACAUGUAACCUCUCUUUAUUUUGUACAACCUAUUUUAAACAAAACAAAUUAGAUGAUAAAGAAAAGGUAAAUAAAAAUGAUGACAAUAUAGAUGAUGCUAAUUUAGAUUAUGAAGAAAUAAAAAGUAUUUAUAUGAAAUUUAUUAUAUUAAUCCAAAAUAUAAUACGUUAUUAUAUAUAUAAUAUGCUAUGGUUUGAAUUGUAUUAUUUUAUUACCAAUUUAAAAAUCGAUGUCUUAUCUUUUUUCUCACAAUCGUAUAUUUUUAAGUCCAAUUUAUUUCCAAAUAUAUUUUGGGGUAUAUGUCCUAUUGAUGUUUUUCAAGAAGGAAGGAAUGAAGAGCACUUUUAUUUUGUGAUUACUGAAUGUAGGAGAAACAAAUGGGAGCAGCUACAUAAAAACGAUCAAGAAAAUAAAGGAACGUUUGAUGAACGGCACAGUGAUAUAAAACAUAAAGGGCAUAAUUACCAUAAAAAUGAAGAAGACGAAAUGAAUAAGAGAAGUAACACUAAAAUUAAUAUUGAAGAAACAGAAAAAAAAAAAAAAAAUUUAUCGAACAAAGAAUGUGAAUACAAUGAGUUUGAUAAUAAUUCGAAGGAAAAUAUAGAUAAACACACAAACAAUUAUAGUCAAUAUAAUCAAUAUAUAAAUAAUAUAUUAUACUUAAAAAAUACUUUUGAGAACAAAGAAAGAGAAUUUGACCAAAACAAUACAGAAGAUAUAAUUUUCCCAAAUGUAUUUUUUAUUGAUAUUUAUAAAUCUUUUAAAAAACACUUUAACAUAUUAUGUACAAAAAAAAAAAAAAAAAAAAAAAUAAAAAAUAAAAGUAAAAUCCAAAUGAAAAUAGAAAUGAAAGAUAAUAAUACAGAAGAUACAAUAAAACAAAAUGAGAAUAUAGAAAAAUUGAAUGAAAAAUAUAGAAAUAAUAUCCUUUCGUAUAAUAUAUAUAAUAAUCAUACAAAUUACCUAUUUCUGGAAACGCAUUUUGCACCUUCGGUUUAUAAAUAUAUACCUAUAUAUAAUACUAUAAAGUAUAUAAACUAUAUUUUUAAUGUUUGUAAUAUAAAAAAUUAUAAGAAUUCGAUGGAAAAAGAAUAUAUACAAAAUCAAAUUAAUGUUAGAAUAUAUAAUUAUAUUUGUAAUAAUAUUAUAGAUAUUACGCAUAAAUAUAAAGGGAGAAAUCCUAACAAAAACAAGGAAAAAAAUAAAAAUAAAGAAACAGAAUUUUCUUCAAUUCUUAAAUCAUUCAAUACACAUAAAAAUGACAUGUUAUGGUUUUUAUUAAGAAUUUUUCUUUUAUUAAAAUUACCUGUACAUUGUUUGGCUUUAAUAUUAUAUUGUAAAAAUUAUAUAUUACUUAAUAUAUUAUUUAAUUGGUUUCCAUAUUUAUAUCAUAUAUUUAAUUAUAUAUUAAAUAUGAACAGUACACAUUUUUUAUAUAAAAGAAUGGAAAAUGAUAAAAGCAAAAAUAUGAAUAUUUAUAUAAAUGGCGUAGAAGGAAAUGAUAAGACAAAAAAAAAUAAUUUUAUUAUUAUCAAUGAUGAAUAUAAUAAAAACUUUUGUCAAUAUUGUUAUGAUAAAAUUUUACAUUAUAAUCAAAAUAAUAUCACUCCUUUUACAUAUAAUAUGAUAGAAAAGGUAUAUAAAAAAAAAUUGUCUACGAUUGAAAAAAAAAAUUAUUAUCAUAUAUAUGAUCAUUAUAUUUCAUGUAAUUGUUUACAUAAUUUAAUAUUUCUAAAGAAAAAAUUAACAUCUUUGAGAAAAAGUAUAUAA